AUGGCAGGCCUCUUCUCCACGGGGACCUCAUCGUCCACUACAGCACCUAGCCAAACCCUCGGCGACCUCUCCAAGGACGUCGCCCUCAACAACCCUCCCGAAGACAGCAUCUCCGACAUCGCCUUCUCGCCGGCGCAGGGAAAUACGGACUUCCUCGCCGUGUCGAGUUGGGACAAGAAGGUCCGCAUCUACGAAAUCGCCAGCACCGGCCAGAGCGAAGGCCGCCACAUCUACGAACACGCCGGUCCCGUCUUCAACGUCGAUUUCUCCAAGGACGGCACCAAGAUCGCCUCGGCGGGCGCCGAUAACCAGGUUAAGGUGUGCGAUUUGGCCAGCACGCAAACGGCUCAGGUGGGAGCUCACGAUCAGCCCGUUCGGUGCGUGCGCUUCUUCGAGUCCGGGAAUGGGCCCAUGGUCGUUUCUGGUUCGUGGGAUAAGACUAUCAAGUAUUGGGAUAUGAGGCAGCAGCAGCCCGCUGCUCAGAUUCAGUGCCAGGAACGCGUUUAUACGAUGGACGUUAAGGAUAAUCUUUUGGUCAUGGGUACGGCUGACCGCUACAUUAACGUCAUUGAUCUAAAGAACCCUACCAAGUUCUACAAGACCCUCCAGAGCCCGCUCAAGUGGCAGACGAAGGUAGUCAGCUGCUUUACGGACUCGGCUGGUUUCGCCAUCGGAAGUAUUGAGGGCCGUUGCGCUAUUCAAUACGUGGAAGAUAAGGAUAGCUCAUCCAACUUCUCCUUCAAAUGCCACCGCGACCCCCCAUCCAACAACGUCGUCACUGUCCAUGCCGUAAACGACAUCUCCUUCCACCCCGUCUACGGAACCUUCAGCACCGCUGGCUCCGACGGCUCCUUCCACUUCUGGGACAAGGACGCCAAGCACCGUCUCAAGGGCUACCCCAACGUCGGCGGCAGCAUCGUUGCCACCACCUUCAACAAGACGGGUAACAUCUUCGCCUACGCCAUCUCCUACGACUGGAGCAAGGGCUACCAACACAACACGACGCAGUAUCCUAUCAAGGUUAUGCUUCAUCCUGUUGACGCUGAUGAGUGCAAGCCUAGACCGGCGGUCAAGAAGCGGUAA